AAGCUUGGCGUGAUGACGUCACAACUAUCGUGGCGCCAUCACGCCAAGUCGGCGACGUCAUCACGAAGACACGUGACCUUGUUUGGGGAAAGCGGUCGAGAUUGUGCCGUGGUGCAGCGCGUUUAAAACGUUUACAAUUAAUAACUUCAACAUAUAUUAAAAAAACAUACGAUAUACAGCACUCACGAAGAUGUCGUCUCCCAGUGUCAAAGCCGUGUUGGUGGACGAUAGCGCGAGCUCUGACAAUUCCCUGCUGCCCGUGCUCAAGACCCUACUCUUCUUCACCAUCCUCAUGAUCACCAUGCCUAUCGGCCUCUACUUUGCAACCAAGGUCUAUGUCUUUGAGGGAUCAUUGGGUAUGUCAAACCGCGACAGCUACUUCUAUGCAGCAAUCGUGGCAGUGGUGGCGGUGCACGUGGUGCUGGCCAUGUUCGUUUACGUUGCAUGGAACGAGGGCUCUCGGCAGUGGCGUGACGGCAAGCAAGACUGAUGACUCAAAGUGGAGGUCCCUAUCCAGGUUGGGAGACAAGAUCGUGACCUGCAGGUGCAAAUCUCGAGACUGCCAGAGGAGCAGCAAAGCUGUUCAUAGUUCUAACGCUGCUGACAGCCUGUGUAAAUUACCACCUAACGUUUUAACGGAGCAUUCCGAAAUCAUAAAAUCAUGCAACAUACUGGGGAAAUAUCAGGUGGCUGCUUGGUUAUAGGUGGUAUUUAACAUGUUUUUUUUCUGAAGAAUAUAUGCCGAUUGAAAAUAGGAAAUACAGUAAAACCUUGGAUUGCGAGUAACUUGGUCUGCGAGUGUUUUGCAAGACAAGCAAACAUUUUAAAUAAAUAUUAAUUUGGUAAACGAGCGAGGUCUUGCAAUACGAGUAGUACGUAUACGCUUUGCCGAGCGUCACGUGAUCACAACUGAUUUGAUAUACGAGUGCUUUGGAUUACAAACACGUUUCCGGAACGAAUUAUGCUCGCAAUCCAAGGUUUUACUGUAUUUAAAUUCCAACUGUUGUUUAUUUCUUUGCCGUUAUGGUUUCAGUAGGUGGCGCUCUGUCUUCUUGUAAAACAGAAGCCUCCAUAUUUGUAAAUCAAGUAUUUUUUGGAAUGUUAUCGCCUGAAUGUUGUUGUGUCUAAGUGUUGUAUAUUGUAUGUCGUAAUUGGUGACCCUUUUUCCCAACUUUCCAAUUAAACAUACUGAAACCUUA